GAAUUUGGGCGAAGUAGGGUGAAUUAUUCAAGAAAUUUAAUUAUUAAAAUUAUUCAUAAAAGAAUUGUGAUUUGUGAAAGUGGCUAUUGAUUGAUUAUUAAUUCGUGAAGUAAUUCGUGUAUCCAUAUUCGCAAACUAAACAUUCGUUGUUUUAAUCAUUCAACGCUGGUGACAUUGUGAUAACAUGGAUUCUUCAACGAAUUCCGAUAUUGAAGCUGAAUUGGACGAAUUAUCUGUACGUGUUUUGGAAUUAAUGAAUCAGUUCAUUGUCUGUAAGGUGAAUAUAGAGAAUUACGUUCGAUCUGGAUGUAUAGAUUUAGCUAAAGCACGAUAUAUAAACGGAAAUCGAAGUAUCUCAGCGUUGCAAUUACCCACAGAAGAUGCUUUAGGUGUUCAAGCGAAAUUCAAGGUGUCGCCGGAAGAAGUCGAAGGCAAACCUAAUUUUCAGAGAUAUCAAAGCGCCGAAAACCUCAAUCUCGACGAUAAAGGCUUAUCGAGCAGUUUUAAAAGCAUCGAUUUGAAUUCACCCGACGAUAAAUCCAAAAGAUUUUCAAACGAUCCUUUGAAGUGGUUUGGAUUCCUUGUCCCGCAAAGCUUACGUCAAUCGAAAAGUACUUUUGAGAAAUGCCUUGAAAUUGUAGUGGAAAAUGUCAACGUUCAAUUAGAAUUGCAACAUUCCAUUCAAAGAUACAAAGAAUUACGAAAUUCGCUGGAGUAGCCUUGGAAUUUUAUAGUUGUUCUGAAAACACCUGUACACAUUUACGUUACGGUGUAAAUUUUUCAUUGUCACCGAAAUAAUUGUCUAGAAAUAUUUAUUCGCGAGUUGUUACCAUAUUCACGUUGACACGCGUGUAUUUCUCUCCAUGUAUUAUGUAAUUGUUCCAUUUUUUGGACAGUGUUAAUUACGUAAUAAAUUUUCCAUUUUAUUGUCAAA